AUGUAAAAUAAAUAUAUACCUAUAACAAAAAAUAUACCUAAAACAAUUUUAAAUAGAAGGUUUAAAAAGCUAUAAGAAUUAAUAGAUAAUGAAGAAUAUUUUAGUGAAGAAUAAAUUAGAAUGAGAGAUGUACUAUAAUUUACAAUUUUAGAUUAUAGCCAUUAUUAUAUUUUAUUUAUGUCGGAUAGUAUAUUCGUAAUUAGAACAAAAAACCAGAUUCUAAUUUUAAUUUAUCAGAAAUAUUAAUCGAUUAAAUUUAGAAAUAAGAAUAUGAAAUUCGUUUAUAAGAAAUGUAUGAUAAAUUAGGUCCAAAUCAUGAUUAUCCAAGUAUAUAUUAAAUAAAGAUUAGAUUUAAUGAUUGAGGCAAGAAUAAAAGAUACAGAUUUAGAGGAUUAAGAGGAUAUAUUAAUACGUUUAAUGCAUGAUAGAUUCAUUAAUGGAUUAGACAAAGAUUUCAUUAAUUAUGAAUAGAUUGAUUUAAAUGAGUACAUUUAAAUCUAAUUUUAGAGAUUAUGAUGAUUAAAAAUAAAUGAAUUUAGAUAUAGAAGAGGAAUAUUUUGAGAAUUAAAACAUAGAUUUAAGAGAAGAAGAAGUUAAAUAAUCAGAAUAUACAGGAAUUCAGGAUUAUUGA